AACAUCAACUCUGGCCUGGAAUUUGCAUGGGUCUGGAAUGAAAGAGUUUUUGGUCAGAAACGACUUUUGGAAGAGCACACUCUUUCACAUUACCAAGUACAAGCAAGUGAACAUUCCCAGUAGGACUCUGAGAUCAAGAAUAGUAUUCACUGGACACAUAACCUCGACUGGAACUGGUCUGUUCAGCUUCAUGAUCAAUGACGCUGACGACCAUGACUUUGGUCAGUACAGCUGCUACAAGGGUUCACCACAACGUCCGGGAGCAAAGGUCCCCAACUGUGGGCAAAACCUGGUUGUGAUACGUGUUCAAGAACCCUACAUUGAGAGCCCGGGAAAGGCAACAGUCGGCGAUUCUGUAAACCUGACAUGCCAUUCCUUUCUGAAAAGCUACCCCAACUGGAACCUGACCAUGUCCUUUAUGUGGAGUAGGAACGGAACGAGAGUGGAGCACGGCGGCAAGCAUAAGCUCGAGUCUGUUAGCAGGAGCUGGACAGGCGGGCGAUUCAUGACGAGCACUGUGACCAUCAGUGGUGUGACAAAGAAAGACAGAACAGAGAGAUAUACUUGUCAGUCAGUAGUUGUGGAGAAUCUUCUCACAGAUCAGAGUAUAGACAAUGUCCUUGGUGUAUCGUAUAUACCUGAAACUCACAGUAAACACACUGAAGUAGACGUGGGAGAUACUGUGUUGCUUUCCAUGAACAUAUCCGUACACCAGACAAAGAUCUCCGUGAUCGGUCCAACUGAUAGAGUUGUGCUCGAGAUGGACUCCACUGAAAUCUACAUACGGGAAGCCUACUGGACCAGGAUCAAAGUUAUGAAGGUCAUCACUUCAUUGGCUACAGUUGCUGUACAGUUCCAACUCUCUGACAUCACAUCAUCUGAUGCUGGGAGGUACUACUGUAGUUUGAAGCCUCGUGGACAGACAGGCUGUUCCUGGGAUCACUUCCUGGUCGUUUCCAUAGAUGUCACAUCUAACACAGUGACUGUCACCAGCACACAAACCUCAGCUGCGACAACUACCGGGGUACCUCUUUCUACAGCUACAACCGCCAACACUGACCAAAGCGUUACUACGGUCGUCCUUUACAUCAUCGUCGGGUGUUGUGUCUUGUUUAUUGUGCUGACUGUGUUCAUCGUUGCAGCUAUUGUGUUGAUAAGGAUCAAACGACAAGAUUACUGGAACUUAAGGUCACGAGGAUCGUACAUCACACCAAUGCAGAACAUGCCAGAAAAUAUCGAUAGUCGAGGCUAUGCUGAAAUCGACGAUGCUGAUUUACUUGAACGUGGCGCAGGCAACCUUGCACAACCUGUUGGUAAUAUCCAAUCUGAUGACAAUAUUCCACCUGGUGCAAGAAUCGGGCGAGAAAGGCAACAGUUAGAACGUAACUGUAGGAAGGUAGAUGAGGAUGACGAAUAUGAAGAGGUGAAACCACUGGACACUAUCAACAGUGAAGAACUUGCAGAAGAGCAAGAAAAGAGAGCUCAAAUGCAGCAACCUGACCAGGACAGUGGGGAAGACAUUACGGGUGAAAUGAACAUAACAUUACCUGAAGCCUCCUCUCAUUCAGAUCUCCUGCUUGCUGUUGCUGAUUGGUCGGUUCAUGGAAGAGACUCUGGAAGUAUGACAGCAGGGCGUAUCGAUGUGCUUGCAGAAACAAGCUUCAUGACUCAAGACACUGAUGAAACAUGGAAUGCACCCCUCGGUACUGUUGAUACUGAGGAGUUAUCAGCGACUAUAGAAAUAUUUCCCGAAGUCGGAAGGAUGACAGCAAACAAUGCAGGAGCACAUCAGCUCUCGAUGGAAGGAAGAGGGGAUAAUGCUGAAAGUGAAGCACGUGGUGUCACUAAUAUAACAACAGAUAAUUAUGACAGUCUGAUGCCGCACCGAUCUUGUGACACGUACACAGCGCUGGGUCAUACAACGGAUAAAUAGUUCUCCAGCAUCUGUUUCAAGUGCUGCAUUAAACAUGGAAAAGAGAAUUAUGUUUUCUUGUACCACUCUAUCUUGUGGAGAAUCAAAUGACGCUUGUUCUGAAAUAUUCAAAUGAAACUUUAAUAUGUUCACUUGUACGAUACCUUUGUUUUAACUUGAAGGAACCAUGAGCAUAUAUAUAUUAUUUAUUUUAAUUGUACAUAUUUCUGCAGUUUAGGCAACAAACAUUGUUAGUAUUAGUGAAUAUAUUGUGUCAUACAUCGAAACGCUUACUUUACACUUGUGUUACAUAGUGUGUUGUUUGUUUGUUUGUUGUUUAAGGUCGCACUCAGCAAUAUUCCAACUAAAUGACGGCGAUCUGUAAAUAAACGAGUCUGGACCAGACAAUCCAGUGAUCAACAGCAUGAGCAUCGAUCUACGCUUUUGGGAUACGAUGACUUGUGUCAACAAGUCAGCGAAUCUUACAAUUCGAUCCAGUUAGUCGUCAAUUCUCACCAGGAUCGUCACUGGUCUUAUAGCUGGAGUAUUGCUGAGUGCGGCAUAAAACUAAACUUGCUCACUCACUCAUGGGUCUUGAGAUAAGGCACAGAUAGUUUAGGCCUUCGGUACUGACAUGUUUAGUCGUCAGCACUUGACGUAUAUAUUAGUUCCGUUCUGAGAGCUAAACACGUGGCGUACUUAUAACACAUUAACAUGAAGAAAACGUGAGGUAUUUAAUGUACACAUGCUAUUUUGCAUUUUAUUGUACAUAAUUUACUUCAAUAAAAACUAUGCGUCA